AUGACUGGUGGAGGUACAGCUGGUGGAGUACAAAUGGUGGAGGUACAAGUGGUGGAGGUACAACUGGUGGAGGUACAGCUGGUGGAGGUACAGCUGGUGGAGGUACAACUGGUGGAGGUACAACUGGGUGGAGGUACAACUGGUGGAGGUACAACUGGUGGAGGUUACAGUGGUGGAGUGGUUGAGUGGGUGGGGGUUGGGGUGGUGGAAGGGGGGUGUGCCUUCAUUAUUGCUCGCCCAACAACCCUCUCUUGCUCGCCAACCACCCUCUCUUGGUGCGCCGCCUCUUCUCCGACGCAGCAGUGGGGACGAGAUGGCGGUUGUGCUGCAUGGGAGGGGGCGUUUUUUGGCGGGGAGUGCACGUGGCAGCGCGUGGAGGAGGAGCUACGAGGCUACAGUGACUUCACGCUCAACCAGCUGUGUGCCGCACACAGCGACGCACUCUCGCACUUCCUGCUCUCACGGGAACAAUUCUUCCACUCCUGCAAGUGCCAGGUGGUGUGGUUGGGGAUGCCAGGUGGGGCUGGUAUGGAUGGGGUGCGAGGGCAAGGAACAAUUGGACUCCCUCUCACGCUUCCUGCCCUACCGGGAUCACUUCUUUCACUCGUGCAAGUGCCAGAUGGGGCUGCUUUGAGUGAGAGGGGGCAGUGGCUAACUGGUGAGGUUUCGUUUGGGGGAGUGGGAGAGGGGGGAAGAGGGGAACGCUUGGAACGCUUUGCUCACCACUGCAAGUGCCAUGUGGGGCUGCUGUGGGAUGCGAGGGGAGGGGACAACGCAGCGCGCAGGUGGUGCAGAGUUUUUGAGACGUCUCAAAACUUCACUUUCUACACGCAGGUGGUACAGAGGCAGGCCCUCAUGGGCGAGUUCAAUUGGGACCCUCGGUGUUUGCCACUCCAUGCUGCUUGCCACCAUGACACGCUCUUCCCGACUCCUCUUAUGCCGUAUCCUUUUUGCUCACACAUCAGCACGCAGGUGGUACAGAGGCAAGCCCUGGUGGAUGAGUUCAAUCGGGACCCCUCGGUGUUUGCGAUGCUGCUUUCCACCCGGGCAGGCGGGCAAGGUUUGAACCUGACCGGGGCAGACACGGUGAUUCUGCACGACGUGGAUUUUAACCCCCAGAUGGACCGGCAGGCGGAGGACAGGUGCCACCGGAUAGGCCAGACUCGACCUGUAACUGUCGUGCGGUGA